AGCGCCCAGCGCUUUUUCCUUUGGAAGUAACAAAGCGCAGCAGGCAGCUGCGAGAGCUCAAUGGACGGCGAGGAGCUCCUGAAAAGCGGCUUUAUCUCCUCACCGGCGCUGUAGUCUCCCAGCCAAAGCCCUGUCUGCGCCGAAUGGAGCGCUAAACGCAGCUGGCAGCGAGCACAUCUCACUCGGCUGGAGACUCACGCUGGCUGUUGGGAAGAGUUACUCCAGACUCGCCCAGCGUGCUGCAGCUUCAGCGACACUUUGGUAACGUUGCUUGAUCUCGCAGACUGAAGUGAAACGGCAGCAAUUCCGCGGUGGUCCGCACUUUUCCCAUCCUCAGGUGGUUUUUCUCGCUCUCGAGCUUCUUCUUCUCCGCGUACCGAGCGGCUUUGAGCGCCUCUGAGCGUCGAGAACUCCAAAGAAACAUGCUGGACCCGUCGUCGAGCGAGGAGGAAGAUGAGGUGGUGGAAGAGGAACGCAAAGUGACCCAAGCGCCCAAGGCUGGAGCCACCAGGGUGUCUCCAAGCAGGACCAGCGAGAGCCCUGGAGGUUUGCAGCCGAGCCGGACUAGCAACGUCCGGCCGACCAGCCCCGGGCCCUCGGCGGCUCUGGAGAAGGAGAAGGAUGAUCUGGAGAAGAUGCAAAGGGAGGAAGAGGAGCGAAAGAAGAGGCUGCAGCUGUACGUCUUCGUGAUGCGCUGCAUCGCCUAUCCGUUUAACGCCAAGCAGCCGACGGACAUGGCGAGGCGACAGCAGAAGAUCAGUAAGCAGCAGCUGCAGGUUGUAAAGGAUCGCUUCCAGGCCUUUCUGAAUGGCGAGACGCAGAUUGUGGCAGACGAGGCAUUCAUCAAUGCUGUCCAGAGCUACUACGAGGUGUUCCUGAAGAGCGAUCGCGUGUCUCGAAUGGUCCAGAGUGGGGGCUGCUCAGCCAACGACUCUCGUGAGGUCUUCAAGAAACACAUUGAGAAGCGUGUCCGCAGUCUGCCCGAGAUCGACGGCCUGAGCAAGGAGACCGUGCUCAGCUCCUGGAUGGCCAAGUUCGACACCAUCUACCGAGGCGAGGAGGACCCGCGCAAGCACCAGCAGAGGAUGACGGCCAGCGCCGCCUCUGAACUCAUCCUCAGCAAGGACCAACUUUACGAAAUGUUCCAGCAGAUUCUUGGCAUCAAGAAGUUUGAACAUCAGCUGCUCUACAAUGCUUGCCAGCUGGACAACCCAGAUGAACAGGCUGCACAGAUCAGACGAGAACUGGACGGGCGCCUUCAGAUGGCUGAUCAGAUAGCAAAAGCUUGCAAAUUCCCCAAGUUUAUGUCAAAGGAUAUGGAAGCUAUGUACAUUGAGGAGCUGAAGUCAUCAGUGAAUCUGCUCAUGGCCAACCUGGAGAGCAUGCCCGUGUCUAAGGGAGGCGAGUUCAAACUGCAGAAACUGAAGAGAGGACACAACACCUCCAUCAUUGACAUGGGCCAGGAGGAUGAGAACCAGCUGUCCAAAUCCGAUGUGGUCCUCUCCUUCACUCUAGAGGUUGUGAUCAUGGAGGUACAAGGCCUGAAGUCUCUUGCACCCAACCGCAUCGUCUACUGCACCAUGGAGGUAGAGGGGGGCCAGAAGCUUCAAACUGACCAGGCUGAAGCCUCCAAACCAACCUGGGGAACGCAGGGAGACUUCACCACCACUCAUCCGCUCCCGGCUGUGAAAGUGAAACUUUUCACAGAGAGUACUGGAGUGCUGGCACUGGAAGAUAAAGAGCUGGGACGGGUUGUGUUGCACCCAACUCCCAACAGCCCCAAACAGCCUGAGCUACACAAAAUGACUGUCUCUAAGGGCUGCCCGGACAGUGACCUGAGGAUUAAAUUAGCAGUUCGCAUGGACAAACCUCAGAACAUGAAACACUGUGGAUACCUUUGGGCUAUUGGGAAAAAUGUGUGGAAGAGGUGGAAGAAAAGAUUCUUUGUCUUGGUGCAGGUGAGUCAGUACACCUUUGCCAUGUGCAGCUACAGAGAGAAGAAGGCGGAGCCUGUGGAGCUGCUCCAAUUGGAUGGAUACACUGUGGAUUAUACUGACCCUCAGCCAGGUUUGGAUGGUGGAAGGACGUUCUUUAAUGCAGUGAAGGAGGGAGACACUGUGAUAUUCGCCAGCGAUGACGAGCAGGAUCGGAUCCUGUGGGUGCAGGCCAUGUACAGGGCCACGGGUCAGUCCCACAAACCGGUCCCCCCAACCCAGGUCCAGAAACUCAACGCUAAAGGAGGGACAGCGCCGCAGCUCGACGCGCCAAUCUCACAGUUUUACGCAGACCGUGCGCAGAAACACGGAAUGGACGAGUUCAUCUCAGCAAACCCCUGCAACUUUGACCACGCCUCGCUCUUCGAGAUUUUACAGCGGCUCACACUGGACCACAGACUGAAUGACUCCUACUCCUGUCUGGGUUGGUUUAGUCCAGGCCAGGUGUUUGUACUGGACGAGUAUUGUGCCAGAAAUGGCGUGCGGGGGUGCCACAGACACCUGUGCUACCUGAGUGAUCUGCUAGAGAGGGCUGAGAAUGGAGCCAUGAUUGACCCCACGCUGCUCCACUACAGCUUUGCCUUCUGCGCUUCACAUGUGCACGGCAACAGGCCUGAUGGAAUUGGCACUGUCACUGUAGAAGAGCGUGAACGCUUUGAGGAGAUUAAAGAAAGACUGCGAGUGCUGCUGGAGAACCAGAUCACACAUUUCAGGUACUGUUUUCCAUUUGGACGGCCAGAGGGAGCUCUCAAGGCCACUCUAUCUCUGCUGGAGAGGGUGCUGAUGAAGGACAUUGUAACACCUGUCCCACAGGAGGAGGUGAAGGCCGUGAUUCGGAAGUGUCUAGAGCAAGCAGCUUUGGUCAACUACCAGCGGCUCUCCGAGUACGCCAAAGUGGAAGGGAAAAAGAGAGAAAUGUAUGAGCAUCCUGUCUACUGCUUGGCGUCACAAGUGAUGGAUUUAACCAUUCUUGAGAAAUCUCAGAAGGAUCAGAAGGAUCCAGAGAAUGUAGGCCGCUUAGUUACGCCUGCCAAAAAACUGGAAGACACACUUCGCCUGGCUGAACUGGUCAUUGAGGUGCUACAGCAGAACGAGGAGCAUCAUGCAGAGGAUUCAGGGUCCAGCUCAGGGGAGCAGCUGGGUAAAGAGGCAUUUGCGUGGUGGUCCGAUCUGAUGGUGGAACAUGCAGAGACGUUUCUGUCCCUCUACGCUGUGGACAUGGAUGCAGCACUGGAAGUCCAGCCCCCAGACAGCUGGGACAGUUUUCCUCUCUUCCAACUGCUCAAUGACUAUCUGCGCCUUGACUACAACCUGUGUAAUGGGAAGUUCCACAAGCACCUGCAGGAUCUCUAUGCCCCUCUGGUGGUGAGAUAUGUGGAUCUAAUGGAAUCGUCCAUUGCCCAGUCCAUUCACCGAGGCUUCGAGCGUGAGUCUUGGGAGCCAGUGAAGAGUUUAACAAGUAAUCUGCCCAAUGUCAACCUACCAAAUAUGAAUCUCCAAAUGCCUAAAGUUCCAAAUCUACCAGUGUCAGUUAGUCUGCCACCAGUGCAAAUACCUAGCUUUUCCACUCCCAACUGGAUGCCAGCUUUAUUGGACACAGACAACGGUUCUGGGACGUCAGAGGAUCUGUUCUGGAAGCUGGAUGCCCUGCAGACAUUUAUCAGAGACCUGCACUGGCCUGAAGAGGAGUUUGGCAAACAUCUGGAGACCAGACUCAAGCUAAUGUCCAGUGACAUGAUCGAGUCCUGUGUGAAAAGAACCAGAGUAGCAUUUGAAGUGAAGCUGCAGAAGAGCAGUCGGACCACAGACUUCCGCGUCCCCCAGUCCAUAUGUACCAUGUUCAAUGUCAUGGUGGACGCCAAGGCCCAGUCUGCCAAGCUGUGCACCAUGGAGCUCGGCCAGGAGCGCCAGUACCACUCUCAAAUCGACAAUCUUAUCGAGGAGACGGUGAAAGAAAUGAUUACCUUAUUGGUGGCAAAGUUUGUGGUGAUUCUAGAGAGCGUCCUGGCUAAGCUCUCUCGUUACGAUGAGGGCACACUUUUCUCAUCCUUCCUGUCAUUUACAGUCAAAGCUGCCUCAAAAUAUGUGGAUGUUCCCAAACCUGGCAUGGAUGUAGCUGAUGCCUACGUGACGUUCGUUCGCCACUCUCAGGAUGUCUUGCGGGAUAAGGUCAAUGAGGAGAUGUACAUAGAAAGAUUAUUUGAUCAAUGGUAUACUAGCACGAUGAACCUCCUGGGUACUUGGCUAACAGACCGCAUGGACCUGCAGCUUCACCUCUACCAGCUGAAAAUCCUCAUCCGAAUCGUGAAGAAAAAGUAUCGCGAUUUCCGGCUGCAAGGAGUUCUGGACUCGACUCUGAACAGCAAGAUGUACGAGACGGUGAAGAACAGGCUGAUGCUGGAGGAAGCUACAGCUUCUGUGCGAGAUGGAGGAAUGCUGGGGAUCUCAAUGAAGGACAGUGAUGAGGAAGACAACUAGACACCACAUCGGUGGUCAUGUUUAUCGCAACCUGUUGAAACGAUGCAUGUACUCUGUCCAUCGUGCUCACCUUCCUCAAUAUUUUUUACUGUUGAGUCGUACAACCGCUAAAGGGACCAACUUCAAUUAUUAAGAUGAGAUGCUAAAAAUAAACAAAAAAUUGAAAGUAUCUUUAAUGUUUGUCAGAAGAAUUAUGGUAACAAAAAAAAUCUAUUCAAAAGCGUUUGGUGUUUUACAAAUAAUAAUGUCCAAAAUUCAUCCCUGAAUGUUUCGAAGCAAUAUGGAGUACUACUUGUAAACAAUGUGGCGUGAGAUGGUUAGGAAUAACGCGUUGUGUCCCUGUUUAAUGCAAAUGUGUACGGCGCUUCUUAUGUGUAAUGUAAAUACAUGAAUGGUACAUAAUUGUGCAUAGACUUAUUACUUUGUUUCUUUUGGGAGUUUUUGAGUGUAUGCCAAAUGAAUUGACAAUGUUGUAUUUAAGUUGUUUCAGUUGUUAAAGGUAGCGUUUCUAUGUGGUACACUUCCACAACAAAUCAAGUCAGUCACAGUAUCUUUGUCACCACGAGGGAACAGCCAUCUUUUUUUAAAAUAAGUUGGUAAUAAGUUGAGAUUUUAGAAAUGCAAUAUAUUCCCGUAGCUUCAUUGUGAUAUACUUUGACUAAUGUCAAUAAUAUUUUUUAUGUUUUUAAGUCAUUUGCAAUUUAUAAAUAUGUUAUAUUUUAUCUAUUCUGCAAUUGCAUAACCUAUUUGGACAAAACCUUGAGGGUGGUCUAUCUAUGUUCUUUCCGGCCCUUUCUAUACCAUUCCUAGAAAUGAGCUGUCUCUGUCUGGACAGUAGAAGCCAGUUUUGCUCUUGGCCACUGUUGCUUUGUGAAAUAUCUGAUGCUGUGCAUUGCCCUUUGUGCAGGAGGUAGCAUGUCCCUGUUAUCCAAACACUUUCCAAAGCUCUUGAUUUUGUCAAAAUUAACUGAUGGAUUCAUCUUGCUUCUGCCUUAUGUACAUCCACAAAAAAAGGAAAAAUAAAAUUGGCUUACAGUAACUGAAUUAAACCG